AUGCUUCUCCCUCUCCUUGUCUCCGUGGCGUUUGCCACGUCAUCGUUAGCCGAGCCGAUGCUCUACAUGUUCCCCACGAAUCCGCAGCUCCAUCCGCCGGCAAUGUAUCCGAAUCAGCAGUUUAUGAGGGGUAAAGUGAGAGAUUUGCCAGAUUCUGGAGUGAUUUACUUGAAUCGAAUCAAGCCGAUUGGGCAGGAAUUCCAUGGGUCUGUGGCUGAAGUCGAGUUGUCGGUUAAGAAUAUUCCACGUGGCGGCAGUGUAAAAUCCCCAUCUUCGUUCGAAAAGUACAACUCGGAAGAGGAGCGAUCACCAACUCAGCGUCCAAAAACGACUACAACGACCACACAAGAUCCAAGAACUCGUGCUCCACCGCAAUUUUUUGCUGAAACGAAAAUCGACGAUCAAAAACUCGCUUUUCAAAAGAACAAACAGUUGUCUGUACCCGAGGAGGCCGAGUUGGACCGACUUUUGGACGAUUUGUUGAAAAAUGAUAAUGUACCAAAGGCGUCACUCCAGCUAGCAAAGAUCAAAAGAAGCGGUUCGAAGCGUCACGUCGGCGCGAUCCCACCAAAGCUGAUCUCGUUUGAUGGAACUGCCCGUGUAGACAAACCACGUGCAAGGGCUUAUGGAACCCCGAUAAGACUUCAACAGAAAAAGCUGUAUUCUGUUGAAGCAACGACCACACGAAACCAGGGACCUGAUUUUGAUCCGUGGGAGCGUAUGGGACAGUGA